AUGUCUUUCUUGAGUAAUCUAAAAAAGGUCCUCCAUUUGGGGGCCAGUGAUGCUAAAAAGAAAAAAGGUUUCAAUAACAUUCAAAUGGAUUGUGAUCCCAAGGAACAUUGGGAUAUGAUUGGAGAAUUAGGAGAUGGAGCUUUUGGAAAAGUUUACAAAGCUCAAAAUAAAACAACUGGGUUGCUUGCUGCUGCAAAAAUGUGUGCCUUAGAAGGAGAAGAUGAUUUAUCUGAUUUUAUCGUUGAAAUUGAUAUAUUAUCCGAAUGUAAGCACCCCAACGUUGUAGGUCUUCAUGAAUCAUACUUUAUAGAUGGAAAGCUAUGGAUACUAAUUGAAUAUUGUGAUGGAGGUGCGCUUGAUUCUAUAAUGGUUGAAUUAGAUAAACCGUUAACAGAGGUUCAAAUAGCCUACAUAUCGCAACAAAUGUGCCAGGGUUUAAAUUUUUUACAUCAGAAUAAAGUGAUUCACAGAGACUUAAAAGCUGGAAAUGUAUUGUUAACAAUGGAUGGGGGUGUCAAAAUAGCAGAUUUUGGAGUUUCAUCUAAAAAUAAAUAUACUCUUCAAAAACAUGAUACUUUUAUUGGGACACCUUAUUGGAUGGCUCCAGAAGUUGUUUUAUGCGAAACAUUUAGGGAUAACCCUUAUGAUUUUAAAAUGUCUCCGAUGAGAGUUUUAUUAAAAAUUCAAAAGUCUGAUCCACCGAAACUGGAUCAGCCAUCUCAGUGGUCUAAGGAAUUUAAUGAAUUUGUAGCAAAGUGCCUUGUGAAGGAUCCUAGUCAAAGAUCCACGGCUGAAGAACUUUUAAAGCAUCCUUUUAUAUGCAAUGUAUCUGAUUCUAAACCUGUAAGAGACCUACUAUUAGAAUAUAAAGCUGAAGUUGUCGAGGAGGAGGUGGUCGAUGAUGAAGUGGAUGUAAGUAUAUUUGGUCAUUUUAUAAGACAAUAUUCGAAUAAAUUGCAAAAUUUAGGUGGCCAAAAACACAGUUGCUAUGUAAAUAUUUCAUGCUAUCAGGAUGUAAUUAUUAAAAAGCAGAAAAAACGUAGGGAAAUUUAUCAGCGCCAUCGCGCUUCUCAAAUUCCGUUGGAUCUGGAACCUGGAGAUGAUGCUGUGUCUCUUAAAAGUGACAAUGAAGUCAAAGGUAAAGGUUAUCCAGAGCCUAAUGUUGAAAAAAGUCGCGGAAAAGGUAAAGCUCCUCCUCCACCACCACCGUUGCCAUCACCUUCAGUGCCUUGUAAGACUGAUGUGACCAAAUCACAAAAUGUAAAUGUUGUUAAUGGACAGCAAAAAAGUUCGGCAAGUGUUAGUGAAUUCGUAUCAAAGUCUGUACCUCAACCUAUACUUCCAAAAUUAAAUCAAUCCAAAUCCCUGGAAAAUGUAAAUAAUAAUACCAAAAUUCUUGCUAAAACGCCUCCGGAAGCCUUGUUCGAUCGAGAGGCAUUAAAAAGUACCGAAAAACCAAUUUCGCCUCUAAUUAGUGCCACAAAUAAAAUUAAAAAUGAAAUUCAAGAGGAUAAAGGAGGAUUACACAAGGAUGAAUCAAAUGUUGAAACACGUUCAAAGAGUUCUACAGAUAUUAUUGUAUGCUCUGGGAACACCGGGUCAACGGUCACGGUAACAACCACUGACAAAAGAAACGAAGAGUCUUCAUUGUUAUCAAAUAGUUACUCUCAAGUAACAGUUGUAACCACUCAUCCUCCCGUAAUACACAUGCCGAGAGACUUUCCCUCUCGACCUCCCGUCCAAACAACAAGUCAAAACGAAGUAACCAUUGUUGCCAACGAAACGAAUAAAACGCAGAUUAACGAAUCCUCUUCAGAUUUUGAAUUUUUAGAUUCUUUGGAAGUUAAUAAUACGAGUGACUCAAGUUUUUCGAGAGGGCAAAAACUGGAUGAAAGUGAAGUUUUUAUAGUUAAUUCGAAUUAUAUUAAUGACAGAGAUAGAAGAGAAGAUGAUGUUGAUCGUCCCAACGUAAAAGAUAUGAGUCAUGUUAGCGUAAUUAAAGUCGGUGACGAUUCCAGUCAUCCGAUUCAAUGCUCUCGACACAACGAGGAGAAAAAACCUUCGAAUCAAGAUGGUAGCAAAGCCACGUCCAUAAUUUUAGAUGGAUCGACCGUAGGAGAAACUGAGUCAGUUAAUAAUGAAAGAUAUAAAAUACCAUUAAAUAAAAGAAAUGGAGAUCUUUAUCAACCUGAUAAUGUGCAAAUUGUAGUUAAUAAAAAUAACGAUAAUAAUUCACAUGUAAGAUGGACGCCGAUAAUAUUUUUACAACUCAAAAAUAAAACGAAUCAAAAGAACACUCCUCUGCAAGAUAAAAGACAAUCUCCAGACGGUUCAUCAGCUUCUAGAUCGGUUUCCAGUAGUGGAUCAUUAUCCGGACGAAGCAGCGAAAGUCAACAAACGCUUCCCACGUCUUCGAAAACGUUGGAUCGUUCAGAUGCCGAAAGUAUAUCGACCACCACGAGUCAGGAUAGUAGAGAAAGCAAUAAAGAAAAUAGACCCGGUAGAGAUUCGAGAGCUAGUGCGGAUACGGAUGAGGAUCUUGUUUUGAGGCGAAAACCAGAAUAUACCAGAGAACAUCGACCGGAUGGCGUGGUCGUUACGACGACUACCAGCAAAGUCAUUUACGGGGAUGAUGAGAACGAUGCGACCUACGAUGAUCACUUGUUUCGAAAGCAGGAAUUGAGAGAAUUGAAAAUGUUACAAAAACAAGAACAAAAACAGUAUCAAGACUUGUCGUAUAAGGCUCAGUUUGCAAAAGAACAGCAGGACAAAAGAUUUGAACAAGAAAGAUUGCAACUUACGAGAACGUACGAGUCGGAUUUGGAUACUCUAGCGAGGCAACAAAGGCAACAGGUGGAAAAAGCAGAACAACAGCAAGAAUCGGAUUUACGAGCGGCUUCGAAAAAAAUCAGAGUCGAACAAGAAAGAGAAUUGAAACAAUUUAGGGAAGGUUUAAAACAAGAAAUGCGUCUGUUAAAGCAAGAAAUAGAUUUGAUGCCCAAAGAUAAGCGUAAAAAUAUAUUUAAAACGCGGAAAGAAGCUCUCGCGGCGGAACACGAGCAAAAAGAGAAGCAAUUUGCUGAAAACUUGAACGAGAAUCACGAAAGCCUCCUCAGGAGACUAAGUGAAACUCAUCGGGAAAAAAUUGCUCUUAUGGAAAGGCAAUUUUUACAACAAAAGCAAAGGCUAUUAAGAGCCAGAGAAUCGGCUCUUUGGGAUUUGGAAGAACGUCAAAUCCACGAAAAACAACAGCUCGCGAAACGACAAUUGAAAGAUAUAUUCUUUUUACAAAGGCAUCAAAUGUUGAUUAGACACGAGAAAGAAUUAGAACAAAUAAAAAGAAUGAAUCAACGGAAAGAAGAAGAUUUGAUAAAACGUCAAGCGGUCGAAAAGAGGCAGCUUCCGAAAAGGAUUAGGUCUGAAAUGAAAGCUCGCGAAAUGAUGUUUAGGGAAUCGAUGAGAAUUAGUAUGAGUGCAAUGCCCGAUCCCGAAGCAGAAAGAGAAAGGUUGAAAAAGUUUCAAGAGAAUGAAAAGAAAAGGUACAGAGCCGAACAACAAAGGUUUGAACUUAAACAUCAGCGUCAGUUGGAAGAAUUAAGAGCCACAUCCGAGGCCACCAUAAAAGAAUUAGAACAAUUACAAAACGAAAAAAGGAAAAUGUUGAUGGAACACGAAACGGCAAAAUUAAAAGAACAGGAAGAAGAAUACAACAGGGAGUUGAAAGAAUGGAAAUCCCAGUUGAAACCUCGAAAACAAGUAAGUUAUUAUUAUCAUUAUUUAUUAGGCACGGUAAAUGAUUGGUACCUAACGGAUCGCCCCACCCCCCCCCCCGCCCAAAAAAAAAAAAAAAAAGAACAGCUAAGUAUUUUUUUUUCGCAUUACUAUUAUUAUUAUUAUUAUAAAAAUAUUCUUGAAUUGAACUAA